UUCUUUCUUCUUUCAUUUUUAAAAUAGUUCAAUGGUAUAUAAAAUUUAUUUACUUUUUAUUUAAUCGUAGAUAGCUUACGGCUCUAUUAGCGGAAACUAAUUAAGUUUUUAAUUUUGAUUUCAUCUUGAUUUACUGAAAGCAACAGGAAGCAAUUGUGAAAGUUGUGAUUGCGUUAAGGCAAAUUUUGGAUAUAAAUUGCCUCAAAUGAAUCAAUGGAUUUUUAUAUACUAUAGUGGUCCAUCCGGUCCAUCUUGGUCCAUCAUUAAAUACCCCGCACUAUAUCGCUUAAUAUACUUGUUCAGUUUAUUCGUUCAACAUUGAUUGCUUUUGCUACGCUUAUUGUGUCGACUGUCAAAGAUCAACUUUAUACCAGAAACGUCGCCAUUGUAAAUCAAUUGCCAUAAUGAUUAUGUUGUCGAUUAUUUGGCUACAAUUGCUUACCAAUGUUUAUGCUGGCGUCUAUUUGCUAAAGUUUGAUAUGCCGGAUUUUUUAUUGGACGAUUCAUCAUCAAAGAGUCGAAUCGAUGAUAUGUUAGAAGUGCCCGUAAAACAUCAGCAACUCAGUCCAUUGGAUUAUGUAAAUAAAUGGCCAGUGUUGCGUAACUUGCUUACGUCAACCGAUAAGGACAAUGCCAUUAGUAAUAAUGAUGAUACAAACGAUGUUAGAGAUUUGUAUAAUAAAUUUGUGGAAAGUUUGCGAACACUGACUGCCACACCUUUACGGACUUUAAGGAGUGCAAGAUCUUUUCGACAAUCAAAAGCUGGUCUUGCCGAUCUCAUCAUAAAUAAGGCAAUGAUUUCGGCUGUAAAACGUAAACCUAAAAAAAGUGAUACUCAAGAAUAUUUAACUCCUUGCCAUUUUAAGAUUUGCAAUUACACAAGUUUCCGUCGCAUGAUGUAAACUAAUUUCAAAUUGAUCUUGAUCUUUUGUAUUCAAGUGCUAGAAACCAAUAAAUGUCGGAGAUUUAGGUUAGCAAAGCAAACAAACGCCCCUACAUAAAUGUUUUCACUAAAUGUAUACCAAUAUAAGUAUUUAAAGAUUUCAAACAAGAAUUGAAAACAACAAAAAAAAAAAAA